AUCAACCUUCAUCCCUAUAUUUAUCGGUCAUACCUUCCCACAUUGGAGCUCUGCAAAAAGCAUGGCAUUGUAGUAGAAGCAUACGGUUCACUAUAGUGGGUACUUCACCUUCAUGCCCCAUGAUGAUACUCAUCUGUUUGCGUGUUAGUCCCAUCACCCGGUAUCCCACCGGUCCUGUGACAGGUGUCCUUGCCAAACCCUGUGCUCGACUCAAUGCAACAUCUGGUCAAGUACUCUUUUUAUGGGUACGUGCAAAAGGUGCCGUGGUCGUGACUACGACCAGUAAAGAGGAGAGACUCCGUGAAUACCUUGGUAUAGGCGAUCUGGCUGAAGAGAUCAAUUUGAUCGACUCUGCUGCCGAAGCCGGAUUCAAUGACUCAACGUCACAAGAGCAAGCACCUUCGACUCAAAAUAAAGAGCAAAGCAGCAUUUUCGAGUUCAAAUUAGCCUUAUUG